ACUGGCUUUACGGUAAUUCGUAGGGACAACUGCACACGCAGAUUGAAGAUUGCAGAGAGAAGGUUGCUGAAUCUCACCAUGGCCUUGAGAGCACUAAGCAUCGUUUUGUCGCGCAGCCAGGCAGCGUACCAAAGGCCUCUGGCCCAUAGACUGACAGCUGGAGUUUGCUUCAAGAGUUCCUGUCCCAUUAAGAUAAGUCAUCUGGACCACCUAGUGCUCACUGUUGGAAGUAUACCCAGAACCACUGAAUUUUAUUCCUCAGUCUUGGGAAUGGAUGUCGUAACUUUCAAGGGAAACAGGAAGGCCCUGGGCUUUGGCCAGCAGAAGAUCAACCUUCACCAGUCAGGGAAGGAGUUUGAGCCCAAAGCGAAGAGCCCUACGCCAGGCUCUGCAGACCUGUGCCUGGUCACAAAGACUCCUCUCACCACAGUAGCUGCGCAUCUACAGGCCUGUGGUGUGGCCAUUGAGGAGGGCCCUGUGGAGAGGACUGGUGCAGUGGGACCAAUAAACUCCCUGUACUUCAGAGACCCGGAUCACAAUCUCAUCGAAGUGUCCAACUAUAACGAGUAGCAGCCACCAGAGGGCAGUAGGCAACCAACCUCCUCCCAAACUGAGGGGAUGGGGGGGGGGGGGGUGUCACGGAGAGAAGGGAGCGUGUGCUCAAAACCGUGAAUAUAUGCUUUUAUAUAAUAAAACCAUUCCAUAUUGAAUGUAAUCACUUGUAUGGUUAAUACAUUAACUUUUCUUGUGCUUUUUGAAAUAGAAGGGACAAAAAUAUUUGGCAUUUCUUGAAAAUAUCUAAGAAAAAAAAAGUUUGGAAAACACAAUUGUGUGUAUACAAAGUGUAUAUAAAGAACUCAACCAUC